AUGAUAGCAGUGAAACAUUAUGAUAGAGCUUUUGAGUUGCGGUGUCAAGAAAUUGAAUCAAGGUAUUCCUUAUUCGUUAUGUUGUUACAACUCCUCUACAAACAUUCCGGAAAUCCGGAAAUGAUCCGUCCACAAAAAGCGGUCCGCUGCCCACGUACUGAAUUUUUUCGAAGCGCUGAAAAGGAAUUGGGCAACGGAGGACCACAAGAGAGAGACUGGAGGGGGAUCGCGACCGCUCUACUCGUCAUUAUGUUCAUCUGUUCACUGAUUGCCUUAGCCGUCUACCUAUUCACACCAAUGGCGGCGGCUGUGGAUAGCUCACGAGUCCCGAUCAACCUCACGACUAUGGGACUGCUCCGAUCGCCGAUCUCUGAUGUGCAUUUCGUCGGUGAUGCAAUCGUGUACGAAAAUAUCAACCAGGGAUAUAUGCGAUUGCCACUGGACACAAUGAAGCCUGAACCGCUACUCGACAGAUCCUCUCUGAUUCAGCUGAAGACCGAUGAAUCCACAUGUUUCGUCGAAUUCGGUCAGAAUUCGUCUCGCUUGGCUGGUGCUAGGUGUUAUCAGUACGAUGUCAUCAGCAAAGCGCAAAUGGUGUAG